AUGGGUGACUACUCGAAAGCACUUGAAUUUUACGAAAAAGCACUUAAAAUUAGAGAAAAAGCUCUGCUUUCGAAUCAUCCAGAUUGGGCUAUUUCCUAUAACAACAUCGGUGGAGUGUAUAACAACAUGGGUGAAGUGUAUUACAACAUGGGUGACUACUCGAAAGCACUUGAAUUUUUCGAAAAAUCACAUAAAAUCUGCGAAAAAGCUCUGCCUUCGAAUCAUCCCUCAUUGGCUAAUUCCUACAAUAACAUCGGUCUAGUGUAUAAGAACAUGGGUGACUACUCGAAAGCACUUGAAUUUUACGAAAAAGCACAUCAAAUCUUCGAAAAAGCUCUGCCUCCGAAUCAUCCCUCAUUGGCUACUUCCUGCAACAACAUCGGUGAAGUGUAUUACAACAUGGGUGACUACUCGAAAGCACUUGAAUUUUUCGAAAAAUCACAUCAAAUCUGCGAAAAAGCUCUGCCUUCGAAUCAUCCCUCAUUGGCUAAUUCCUACAACAACAUCGGUCUAGUGUAUAAGAACAUGGGUGACUACUCGAAAGCACUUGAAUUUUUCGAAAAAGCACAUCAAAUCUACGAAAAAGCUCUGCCUCCGAAUCAUCCCUCAUUGGCUACUUCCUACAACAACAUCGGUGGAGUGUAUGACAACAUGGGUGACUACUCGAAAGCACUUGAAUUUUACGGAAAAUCACUUAAAAUUAGAGAAAAAGCUCUGUCUCCGAAUCAUCCCUUUUUGGCUACUUCCUACAACAACAUCGGUGCAGUGUAUAAGAACAUGGGUGACUACUCGAAAGCACUUGAAUUUUACGAAAAAGCACUGAAAAUUAGAGAAAAAGCUCUGCCUCCGAAUCAUCCCAAUUUGGCUAAUUCCUACAACAACAUCGGUGAAGUGUAUGACAACAUGGGUGACUACUCGAAAGCACUUGAGUUUUUCGAAAAAUCACAUAAAAUCCUUGAAAAAGUUCUGCCUCCGAAUCAUCUCGAUUUGGCUUACUUCUACAACAACAUCGGUGUAGUGUAUAAGAACAUAGGUGACUACUCGAAAGCACUUGAAUUUUUCGAAAAAGCACAUCAAAUCUACGAAAAAGCUCUGCCUCCGAAUCAUCCCUCAUUGGCUACUUCCUACAACAACAUCGGUGGAGUGUAUAACAACAUGGGUGACUACUCGAAAGCACUUGAAUUUUUCGAAAAAUCACAUAAAAUCUACGAAAAAGCUCUGCCUCCGAAUCAUCCCUCAUUGGCUAAUUCCUACAACAACAUCGGUGCGGCGUAUUUCGGCAAAGGAGACUACUCAAAAGCAUUCUCAUUCUUAGAAAAGGCACUUUCUAUCUGGCAAAAAUCACUUCCACCUAACCAUCCUAAUAUUAAAACAGUCACAAACUCAAUUGACUAUGUAAAAAAGAAAAUGUAA